AUGAAUGGGUUACUAAGAGCAGCUUUUAUGGUUGACAAUAGUCCACAACCCACCAACGAACCCCAAGAGCCAUCAUUAAGUGAAGCUAAUUUUGAAGAUGAAUAUUCGUAUGACAAGCAUGAAGAGUUAAAUUUUGAAUGCGAGGAAGAUGAUGAAUUUCCAUCAACCAACACCAAUGAAGAAGAAGCGAAGUAUAAACGACUUAGGGAAGCUUCUGAUGAGGGUCUAUAUGAGGGGUGUACAACUUUCUCAAAGCUGUCGUUUCUAUUGCACUUGUUUCACCUCAAGUGUAUGUUCCAUUGGUCUGCCGCAUCAUUUAAUAAGUUUCUUGAGCUUCUAUUAGACGCAUUUUCUUAUAUUAAGGAGUUUCCAUCGUCGUAUUAUGAAGGAAAAAGUGAGUGUCAUAUCUGCCAUAAAUCAAGGUGGAAGAAUGUGAAAGAAAAGGAGGGUGAGAGUAGUGUGAAAGACAAAGGAACAUGUAAGAAGGGUGUUCCAGCUAAAGUGAUGCGGUACUUUCCUCUGAUCCCUAGACUAAAGAGACUUUACAUGUCAUCUAAAACAGCAAAGGACAUGAGAUGGCAUUUUGACCGCAAGGAUGGAAAUAUCAUAAGUAACCCGGCGGAUGGUGAAGCUUGGAAAAUGUUUGAUAAAAGAUAUGAGGAAUUCGCCAAAGAUCCUCGUAGUGUUAGAGUUGGUCUAGCAAGUGAUGGCUUUAAUCCAUAUCGUUUGAUGAAUACUAGUUACAGUACAUGGUCGUUGAUCCUGAUUCCUUAUAAUUUGCCACUGUCGCUUUGUAUGAAGUCGACAUCAUUUAUUUUGUCUGUGCUUAUUCCGGGGAAACAGGGUCCUGGUAUGGAUAUUGAUGUGUACUUGCAACCAUUAAUCCAUGAGUUAAAAUUGUUGUGGGAAGGUAUAGAUGCCUUUGAUGCUUAUAGCGGAAAAAAUUUCAAGAUGCGAGCAUCCUUACACUCCACUAUAAAUGACUUUCCAGCAUAUGCUAUGUUGUCGGGUUGGAGUACAAGAGUUGUCCAUCCUUAUCGUUCUCAAACAAAUGAAUUUGAUGGGACAGAGGAACAUGGUCUUGCUCCGGUUCGUGUAAGCGGGACAGAAGUUUUGAAGCAACAAGAAAAAGUUAAGUAUGUGUAUGGAAAGUCAAAAGUUGUUCAAAAAAAAAGAGGGAGACUAGAAGAUGAUGAACUUGCUGCUGAUGAUGAUGAUAAUGAUGAUAAUGACCAGGAUGAGUCUAAUCGUGUUCUGUGGAAAAAUAAAAGUAAGCUUUUUGAAUUAGAAUAUUGGGAACAUAAUCCUCUUAUACACAACUUAGAUGUUAUGCACAUUGAGAAGAAUGUAUGUGAUAAUUUCGUAGGAACUCUUUUAGAUAUGAGCAAGAGUAGAGAUGAUAAGAAUGCUAGAUUGGCCCUUAAAAAACUGAACAUAAAAUCUCAUCUUUGGCCUCAAUCUCAUCCAAGUCGUGUUAACGACUAUUUGCCUCCGGCUGCAUACACCAUGUCUAAAGAAGAGAAAGAAAGAUUUCUUACAGUCCUACAAAACCUUAAAAUUCCUGAUGGGUAUGGAUCUAAUUUGCAAAGGUGUGUGAAUUUGAAACAACGAAAACUUAUUAAUCUGAAAAGCCCCGACAAUCAUAUGCUCAUGCAAGAUGUCCUUCCUGUUGCUUUAAGAGCAUCUAAUGCUACAAAAGUAAUUGAUUUGCUCGAUGAAUUGUCGUACUUUUUCAAGAAGAUAUGUUCAACUGCUAUUGAAAGAAGUGAAUUAGAUACCAUUCAGUCGAAGCUUGUGUUGACUCUUUGUAAGAUGAAGAAAGAGUUUAUGCCAACUUUUUUCACAAUCAUGGUGCAUCUAAUAAUUCAUCUAGUGGAGGAGGUCAAACUCGGUGGACCUGUUCAUUAUAGGUGGAUGUAUCCCAUUGAGAGGUAUUUGGCCUUUUUGAAAUCUCAUGUAAGCAAUAAAGCGCAACCAGAAGGAUCCAUAGCUGAAGGGUACCUUUUAUGGGAAACAAUUGCUUUUUGUUCGAGAUAUUUAGAAAGUGUCGAGACCAUAUUCAACAGACCGAAAAGGAAUGAAGAUGGUGUUCCAGACAUCAACAACUAUUUAUAUGGCUCUGCUGGUCGUGUAGUUGGGAUGAAAAAGAAUGUCCGUGUUGAUGACAAAAGUUUAAAGCAAGCACAUCGUUAUGUUUUUCUUCAUUCAGAUGAGAUGAAACCGGUGCUUGAGUAA